GUCGCCCUGAAUUUAUUUCUUAUGUUUGUGAUGAUUCUGUUGCAAUUCUUUUUAUGUUUGAUUUAUCACAAAUAUCCACAUUGUACAGUAUUAAAGAAUGGUAUAAACAAACAAGAAGUUUUAAUAAAAAUGCAAUAUAUUUUCUCAUAGGGACAAAAUAUGAUAUAUUUAAAGAAUUUGAAAAGGAAACUCAGUAUGAUAUUACAAAGAAGCAUUACAAUCUCAAUUGUCAACUUCCAGAAAUUAAGGAGGCUGGAUAUCCCAUAUUAGAAUAUAAAAAUAAGCAGAAAACAGAU